CCCUUCUGUCCUCUCUGUUGUAAACACUCUUUGUCACCGAUGGGUCACUGAUUCUUUUUUCCUCCCUUCCUCUCCCUCUCUCAGACACAAUGUGUCUCGAAUAGGACACACCGGGGAAAACACAGAGGAAUGGAGUGAGGCGUGAGCAGAUUUCCUAUGAUCUUAAACAGACGCGAGCCUCACGUGACAAGUGAGGCCUCAUGGUCGGAGCAUGCCAAGUGUUAGAGCGACGAGGCAGUGGGAGAUCAGGCCCACGUCUGCUCUGCGGGGGAUCAGACGCACCAGGGCCCUGAUGUGGCAGCGGGUACGGGGACUGGCCUGGCCCUGUCGGCGUGGUACGGGUUACCCGGUGGACUACAAUGACCCUGAUCGAGAGGAACAGGAAAUGGUGUGCCUUGAGCCCAUGGGAUCAGAGCGGAUGGAGAUGCGAAAGAGGCAGAUGUCGGUGCAGCAGGAGUCGGCAGCGGGGGGGACUGCACCGGCCCAGCAGGGCCAGCCGGACCAGGCCAACCCACGGGCCUCAAAUGCUUGUUGCUUCUGCUGGUGUUGCUGCUGUAGCUGUUCUUGGAAUGAAGACCGCGAUGACCGGAACCGAAAGGCUUCUUAUGACAUCAAGGAAGGGACCUCAGACUGUGAAGACUGCCCCAAGCCCACGUUGGAUGAGGUGCGCAUGUGGGGGCAGUCGUUUGACAAGCUGAUGUGUUGCCCGGCAGGAAGAAACUCCUUCAGACAAUUUCUCCGCACCGAGUUCAGCGAGGAGAACAUGCUCUUCUGGUUAGCCUGCGAGGAGCUAAGCAAAGAGACCAAUAAGAGUGCGAUAGAGGAAAAGGCCCGCGUCAUCUACGAGGACUACAUCUCCAUUCUCUCACCGAAAGAGGUGAGCCUUGACUCCCGCGUGCGCGAGGCCAUCAAUAGGAACAUGCUGGAACCCACCUUGCACACGUUCGAUGACGCCCAGCUGCAGAUCUACACACUAAUGCAAAGAGACUCGUAUCCUCGCUACAUGAACUCCGCGGCCUACAAAAACCUGCUCAACACUCUGUCAGAGCAGUCACCUGAAUCUUAGGGUGGUGAUGACCUGUGAUCUUUUAACUCACCUUUAACUUUACCCCUCUCAUUCCCC